AGAUUUUAGACCCGAGUCAGCAAUCACGGGUGUUUAGUCUGCCGCCGAGCAGAGCCGAGCGAGAAGGACUCGCCGGCUCGGGGAAGAGCCGCAGCGGACUCCGCCGCCGGCACCCUGCGAUAGAUGGAUUCCCACUCCACCGGGGGGCCAACGCCGAGGUGACGUGCUUCUGCUCGGAAAGAGGACGAACGGCCAAACCAAUGCCAGGAUCGGACUCCAUGCCGCUAGUAUCCGCGAGUCGUGACACGAGCAUCUGCAGCUUUUCCAUAUUGAAGUUGAAGUGCUGGAUAUUAAUGACAAUUCUCCCCAGUUUUCAAGACCUCUCAUACCUAUUGAGAUAUCUGAGAGUGCGGCAGUGGGGACUCGUAUCCCCCUGGACAGUGCGUUUGAUCCAGAUGUUGGAGAAAAUUCCCUCCACACGUAUUCCCUCUCUGCCAAUGAUUUUUUUAACAUUGAGGUUCGGACCAGGACGGAUGGAGCCAAGUAUGCGGAGCUCAUAGUGGUCAGAGAGUUGGAUCGGGAGCUGAAGUCAAGCUACGAGCUUCAGCUCACUGCCUCAGACAUGGGGGUGCCUCAGAGGUCUGGCUCGUCCAUACUAAAAAUAAGCAUUUCGGACUCCAACGACAACAGCCCUGCUUUUGAGCAGCCGUCUUAUAUAAUUCAACUCCUAGAAAACUCCCCCGUUGGCACUCUGCUCCUAGACCUGAAUGCCACUGAUCCAGAUGAGGGCGCUAAUGGGAAAAUUGUAUAUUCCUUCAGCAGUCAUGUGUCCCCUAAAAUUAUAGAGACUUUUAAAAUUGAUUCAGAAAGAGGACAUUUGACUCUUUUCAAGCAAGUAGAUUAUGAAAUCACCAAAUCCUAUGAGAUUGAUGUGCAAGCUCAAGACUUGGGUCCGAAUUCAAUCCCAGCUCACUGCAAAAUUAUAAUUAAGGUUGUGGAUGUGAAUGACAAUAAACCUGAAAUCAGCAUCAAUCUCAUGUCCCCUGGAAAGGAAGAAAUAUCUUACAUUUUUGAAGGGGAUCCUAUUGACACAUUUGUUGCUUUGGUCAGGGUUCAGGACAAGGAUUCUGGGCUGAAUGGAGAAAUCGUUUGUAAGCUUCAUGGACAUGGUCAUUUUAAACUCCAGAAGACUUAUGAAAACAAUUAUUUGAUCUUGACUAAUGCCACACUGGAUAGAGAAAAGAGAUCUGAGUAUGGUUUGACUGUAAUCGCUGAGGACAAGGGGACACCCAGUCUUUCCACAGUAAAACAUUUUACUGUUCAAAUCAAUGAUAUAAAUGACAAUCCACCUCACUUCCAGAGAAGCCGAUAUGAAUUUGUUAUCUCAGAGAAUAAUUCACCUGGGGCAUAUAUCACCACUGUUACAGCCACAGAUCCCGAUCUUGGAGAAAAUGGGCAAGUGACAUAUACCAUUUUGGAGGGUUUUAUCCUAGGAAGUUCCAUAACUACAUAUGUGACCAUCGACCCAUCUAAUGGAGCCAUCUAUGCCCUCAGAAUCUUUGACCAUGAAGAAGUGAGUCAGAUCACUUUUGUGGUGGAAGCCAGAGAUGGAGGAAGUCCUAAGCAACUUGUAAGCAACACCACAGUUGUGCUCACCAUCAUUGAUGAAAAUGAUAAUGUCCCUGUGGUCAUAGGGCCUGCACUGAAAAAUAAUACUGCAGAAAUCUCCAUCCCCAAAGGGGCUGAAAGUGGCUUCCAUGUCACAAGAAUAAGGGCAAUUGACAGAGACUCUGGUGUGAAUGCUGAACUCAGCUGCUCCAUAGUGGCAGGUAAUGAGGAGAAUAUCUUCAUAAUUGAUCCACGAUCGUGUGACAUCCAUACCAACGUGAGCAUGGAAUCUGUUCCCAAUACAGAAUGGGAGCUUUCAGUUAUUAUUCAGGACAAAGGCAAUCCUCAGCUGCAUACCAAAGUCCUUCUGAAGUGCAUGAUCUUUGAAUAUGCAGAGUCAGUGACCAGUACAGCGAUGACUUCCGUAAGCCAGGCAUCCUUGGAUGUCUCCAUGAUAAUAAUUAUUUCCUUAGGAGCAAUUUGUGCAGUGUUGUUGGUUAUCAUGGUGCUGUUUGCAACUAGGUGUAACCGAGAAAAGAAAGAUACUAGAUCCUACAACUGCAGGGUGGCAGAAUCAACUUACCAGCACCACCCCAAAAGACCAUCCAGGCAGAUUCACAAAGGGGACAUCACAUUGGUGCCUACCAUCAAUGGCACUCUGCCCAUCAGAUCUCAUCACAGAUCAUCUCCAUCUUCAUCUCCUACCUUAGAAAGAGGGCAGAUGAGCAGCCGGCAGAGUCACAACAGUCACCAGUCACUCAACAGUUUGGUGACAAUCUCAUCGAACCACGUGCCAGAGAAUUUCUCAUUAGAACUCACCCAUGCCACUCCUGCUGUUGAGGUCUCCCAGCUUCUUUCAAUGCUGCACCAGGGGCAAUAUCAGCCAAGGCCAAGUUUUCGAGGAAACAAAUAUUCCAGGAGCUAUAGAUAUGCCCUUCAAGACAUGGACAAAUUUAGCUUGAAAGACAGUGGCCGUGGUGACAGUGAAGCAGGAGACAGUGAUUAUGAUUUGGGGCGAGACUCUCCUAUAGAUAGGCUGCUGGGUGAGGGAUUCAGCGACCUGUUUCUUACAGAUGGAAGAAUCCCAGCAGCUAUGCGGCUGUGCACCGAGGAGUGCAGAGUCCUGGGACAUUCCGACCAGUGCUGGAUGCCGCCGCUGCCCUCGCCACCCUCCGAUUACAGGAGCAACAUGUUCAUUCCAGGGGAGGAAUUCCCAGCACAACCCCAGCAGCAGCAUCCGCACCCGGGUCUUGAUGAUGACACCCAGUCGGCAGAUUCUGGUGAGAAGAAGAAAAGUUUUUCCACGUUUGGGAAGGACUCCCCGAAUGAUGAGGACUCCGGGGAUACCAGCACGUCCUCUCUGCUCUCGGAAAUGAGCAGCGUGUUCCAGCGCCUGUUGCCGCCUUCCCUGGACACCUACUCUGAGUGCACCGAGGUGGAUCGGUCCAACUCCCUGGAACGCCAGAAGGGGCCCCUGCCAGCCAAGACCGUGGGUUACCCGCAAGGGGUGGCGGCCUGGGCAGCCAGCACGCAUUUUCAAAAUCCUACCAACACCCCUGGGCCCCCCCUCGGAACUCACUCCAGUGUGCAGCCUUCUUCAAAGUGGCUGCCUGCCAUGGAGGAGAUCCCCGAAAAUUAUGAAGAAGAUGAUUUUGACAAUGUGCUCAACCACCUGAAUGACGGGAAACACGAACUCAUGGACGCCAGUGAGCUGGUGGCUGAGAUUAACAAACUGCUUCAAGACGUCCGCCAGAGCUAGGAGACUUCAGAGAAGCAUUUUGUUUCCAUAUACAUGGAAACGGGGACAGAACAACAACAACAACAACAACAACAACAACAACCACCACCCUGAAAGAACUGGCAUUGCCAAAUAGUUGCAUUUAUCAUAAAUGUGUCUGUGUAUAUUGAAUAUUAAAUACUGUAUUUUCGUAUGUACACAAUGCAAGUGUGAUUAUUUUAAUCUGUAUUUUAAAAAUACAUUUGUACCUUAUAUUUAUGUGUAAUUUAACAAACAAAUUUUAUUUUUUUACUCCCAUGACAAACAUGUCUUUCCUAAUCGUAUAGAAACAAGCCACUGUUCAAAUCUGAUAUAUUAUUCCACCAUGAAGUAUAAAGGCACUGUUGUUGAGGUUACUUAUGUUGGAGAAGAAUUAUUAUGCUGAGAAACUGAAAGCACUGUCCACUUAAUUUCAUUAAGUGGUCUGACUUCUUUUUCAAUACUUUUUACAAAUUAUGCAUCAUUAACAAUGUUAAGCUAUGUUAUUAGUACUUUCACUGCUCUCUGCUAGCUUCAAUAGUUAACUGUUACAGCAAAACUGAUAACAUGAACUGAAAUUUUAUUUUAGGACUGGGAAGUACCUUGAAACAUAUUUGUGAGACGGCUGUUUCAAAUGAAAUUUCACAGAUAAUGGUGCAAAUAAGACUAAAGUUAAUAUUUCUUCACUCCCAGACCCCCAGGCAUCACACUUGCCUGUUCUUGAGAAUAUUUCUCCUAUAUAUUAUCAUCGACUUAUAAUUAAGGUAAACAGUAAAUUUAAUCCCAUCCUUAUAGUAUGAAAUGUGCUCCAAGUGAAUACCCUUUAACUGGAUAACAGUAUGUAUUCUAACAGCGUAAAGUAUUCAUGGACAAAGAUGGCCAUGUCAGUGUCCUUCCUAGGGUAGUAAAUAUGAUUGAUUUAUUCCGAAACUGUGCUAGUUGAAUCUUCCCCUCUCCUCUCACAGGACUUGAAUACUUUCGUCUUUCGCAACGUUGUUUUUCUAUGACUAUUCGCUUUUAGCUUUUGCUUCCAUUGCAUGAUCUCAUAUUUUUGCUUUUAUUUUUGGUAUAAGAACAUUUAUAAAAUCACGUUUUUGUUAUUGCGAUUUUGUUUUCUUUGUUAUGUGACAGAUGAGAAAUUCUUUAUUUAUUGUGCUGUUAUCUCUCUGUGUGGAAUGCUUUGGUAAGAGAGAUCCGUAUUAUGACUGUUACCAUUUAUGACCAAGUUUCUAUUAGUGUUAUUUUCAAUGAUACACUAUCUUGAUUGUAUUCUCCAAAAAAUUUUACUGUCAAUGAAAAUAAAAGGAAAAUUAAAG